UUUGACAGGCAAAAAACCACUCCGAAGUGGGUUCUGCUUUCAACAAUCGCGGAUGAUGAAUCAGUCAAUGUCAAUCGCCGUUUCUUCAAACACGCCGGCAGAUCGUGCCGAAGACGUUUUUGCGGCCCCAUUUUGUGUGUCUCUGUCUCUCUCUCUCUAAAACGCUCUGCUAAUCAAAAAAGUGAACUGUAUGAAUCAGUCAAUGUCAAUCGCCGUUUAAUUGGAAAUGUUUUUUUUUUUUUUUUUUUGAGUUAAUUUGGUUGUUUUGUGCAGAUGUUGAGGGAUUCACAAACCUUUUUCUUACGUCUGUCCGACCGCCGUCCGCCGGCCGGUGCACUACUUAGCGAGACUCUUCACGCGAUUGAAGACACGAUGCUUCUUAAUGCAUCCUCACCGCCCGCCGGCGGCGCCGGCGGCGGAUCUUUUAGGCUUUGCUUUGCUCUACGUACCCUUUAUCUUCCCCACAUUUCAGAGUUGGUCAAUUAUUUGGGAGGUGAAUUGGUUCAGUUGAGCACAACACAUGCACCAUCUGAAUUUCAAUUUUGGUAUUGGAUUGUUAUGGUUGCAUUGACCAUUGAUAUGUCUUUGCUGAGAAUUGGCGGAGGACUGCCAUCAGCCGGUCGCGGUGCAUUUUCCCACGUACAGUCAAACAUUACACUUUCUGCUGAUGAUCCAGAGACUCCCCAAGAGGAGGGUACCCUAGAUGUCCUCCAAAGAAUGGAGGACUACUACCAGGUCAAUUUCUCUUCCGUGACCAGUGAGCAAGAACCAGAGGAGGUUGAGCCAAGGGUACAGUCAGUCACACUUUGUGAUGAUCGAGAGACUCCCCAAGAGGAGGGUACCCUAGAUGUCCUCCAAAGAAUGGAGGACUACUACCAGGCCAGUGAGCAAGAAUCAGUGGAGCUUGAGGAGCCAAGGGAACAUGAGUCGAGGGCUGACACUCUUGAUGAAGCCAUGCUGGAAACUACUGAGACUAUGGAAGACCUUGCCAAUUUCCCUGGCGCAACUGAGCUUUUGGAGAGUGCUGCGAGGCCUAGGGAACAUGUGGUUAGAUUAGUUACUGACCGUAUGCCGGAACCGGGGGUAAACAGAAAGUGAACAAAAGGAACAAUAUUUUUUGUGAACUGAGCUUUUUUUGUUGUUGAGGAUAACUACAACGGCUGGUGUUGUAGGCUUACUGGUUGUGCAAUUAUCGGAUUAUUGGUUUUAAUAAAGACAGUUUUUGCUGA